UUCCAGUGGACGUCUUCUCAUUCUCUAUUCGAACUCACAUAAAACCGACCUCCUCCGAUUAGCGCCUGCUGAAACGACAAAGCUCCGACGCGGGAGAGACUGUGACUGUGCGAGUGAGCGACUCCUUUUCUUUCCUACGUGUGAGGACGUUUUACCCAAGUCUUAGUCCUCUCUUUCGGGCCUUUUUGUUAAGCACAGAUAAAGCGCAAAGCAAAAGCACAGAGAGAGAGAGAGAAACACCUGAAGAUUUCUGAAAAUGGCGUCAUCAUCGACUAGCUCUUCCGACUCAACCUCAUUUCCAUUUUCCCCUUCGAAUCUGCCCGUUACUCCUAUGCGUUCCAAAAUCGUCGAGAAGAUCACCGAAAAUCGCGUAACGCUUAUUGUCGGCGACGCUGGCUGCGGCAAGAGCUCACAAGUUCCGCAGUUUCUUCUGGAAGAGAAUUUGAAACCUAUUUUAUGCACGCAACCUAGGAGAUUUGCCGUGGUUGCUGUUGCUAAAACUGUUGCAAAAGCUCGUAAUUGUGAACUUGGAGAAGAAGUUGGAUAUCACAUAGGUCAUUCGAAAAACUCAUCGGCGAGAUCGAAUAUUGUUUUCAAAACUGCUGGAGUUCUAUUGGAGGAAAUGCGAGACAAGGGAUUGAAUGCACUUAACUACAAGGUUAUUAUUCUUGAUGAAGUGCAUGAAAGAUCGAUCGAGUCUGAUCUUGUUCUUGUCUGUGUGAAGCAGUUUUUGAUGAAGAACAAUGACUUGAGGGUGGUGCUGAUGUCAGCAACUGCUGAUAUUGCAAGAUACAGGGAUUACUUCAAGGAUCUUGGCAGGGGUGAACGAGUGGAAGUUCUUGCAAUUCCUAGCACUAAUAUGAGAACCAUUUUUGAGCGAAAAGUUUUUUAUCUUGAACAGAUAACUGAAAUUCUUGGACUAAGUUCCCAGUCGCUGUCGUUGAAAUACUUUUCUGCUCCAAAUAUCAAGCCUGAAGUGCACGAACUUAUUUAUGAUCUGGUGUUGCAUAUUCAUGAAAAUGAAACAGACAUUGAAAAGAGCAUUUUAGUUUUUCUUCCAACAUAUUAUUCCCUGGAGCAGCAAUGGCACCUGUUGCAGCCACUCAGUUCGUAUUUUAAAGUUCACAUUUUACAUAGCAGUGUUGACACUGAAGAAGCUCUUAUGGCUAUGAGGAUUUGUAAAUCACAUCGUAAGGUUAUACUGGCAACAAAUAUCGCAGAAUCCUCUGUGACCAUACCCAAAGUGGCCUUCGUCAUUGAUACAUGCAGAUCUUUACAAGUUUUUUGGGACAACAAUCGGAAAAAGGAAUCCGCCGAGCUUGUUUGGGUUUCCAAGUCUCAGGCUGAGCAACGUAGAGGGAGAACCGGGCGAACUUGUGAUGGCCAAAUUUAUCGGUUGGUUACUAGAUCAUUUUACAGCAGUCUUGAGGAUUAUGAGUGUCCCUCAGUACUUAAGUUAUCUUUGAGGCAGCAAGUGCUUCAAAGUUGCUGUGCUGAAUCUAAGGCAAUUAAUGAUCCCAAGGUCUUGUUUCAGAGGGCUCUAGAUCCUCCAGAUCCUGAAAUUGUUCAAGAUGCAUUGGAUUUGCUAGUCAGGAUGCAGGCAUUGGAAAGAACAUCAAGGGGUCGAUAUGAGCCCACAUUUUAUGGACGAUUGCUUGCAAGCUUCCCAUUGUCUUUUGAUGCAUCAGUGCUAAUACUCAAGUUUGGAAACAUUGGGAUGAUGCAUGAAGGCAUUCUUAUUGGUGUACUUAUGGAUACACAGCCUCUACCCAUUCUUCGUCCUUUUGGUGAUGACCAAUUGUGGUCAGAAUAUACGGGCCACUAUUUUAGUGGGGACAAUAACGACACUGGCCUAAAUGGUCGAAAGGAGAUAUCAUACAUGGCAAACUUAUGUGCAUUUCAAUUUUGGCAACGUGUUUUCAAGGACAAGCACCGUGUUGAACGUUUGAAGCAACUUCUAAUGUUUGAUGAGAUGAAGGCUACCAAGUCACUGCUUCCUAAGAUUGAAGAAGAAUGGUGCUCUUUCCAUAAGCUUGUGCAGUCAUCUUUAAAUCGUGUCUCUGAAAUAUAUGAAGAUAUACUAAACUCUAUACACCGGUUUCGGCCAACAUUUUUGGGUACAUCUGAUGGACUUCCAUCCUACUAUGAUCCUUAUGAAUUUGAACAUACCUGCAUUCUCAACUGUCAACAAAAUGGAGAUACAGAUGCACUUACUGAGGAUGAUGCUCAACUUGAUCUGUCUCAUGAAGCAAAGAAAUGCCUUGCAAUACCAUUUGUUACUGCCAAUAACUUUCAGAACAAUGCUGUGGCCAAAAACUUUGCAUCCAUUGUUAAAGAGAUAAAAGCUGAGUGUACGGAGGUUGUAGCUGGCAAUCAGCAUAUAGGUUAUGAUUCUCUUGUCAAUCAUGAGGCACCUUUAUGUGUAUACUUUCUCAAUGGAUCCUGUAACAGGGGCAGUGAAUGCGUGUUUUCUCAUUCACUACAAUCUAAGAGACCUACAUGCAAAUAUUUCCUUUCUCUCCAGGGUUGCCGAAAUGGGCAAUCAUGUGUCUUUUCUCAUGAUGGGGGUGCACAUCGAUCAGCAUCAUCUUUUAACCCAACUUUAUGCCUCCAAGAAGAGGGCAAUGCCAAAACUGCAUCCCUUCUACAAUUGUUUCCCACAUCUUCAUAUGAACGUAUUCUACUGUUGGAUGACAUUGACUUACAUUUCACCUCAAAUUUUGCUCGCCACUUUGAUCCAGCCAAAAUUAUUUGCACCACAUGUCUGUCAGAGACAUCCAUAUUUGACUCAUCAUUGGAGGAUGUAACUAUUUUGUGGGGUCUCUAUAACCCAUACCAGGCCAUUAUUUCCAAAUUAGGGGCGAACCGAAUUCCAUGGAGAUGUAUUAAGUGUGUGCUGUGGUUUCCCAAUUUUGAGAGUUAUGGUGAGAAUUUGGAUAGGCAGAGGAUUCUCCUGCAAAGUUUCUUCGAGUACAUGGCCAUCCGGAUACUGGCAGAUGCCUUGAAUGUAGUGCAAGUCAUCCUCACUAUGAACAAUCUCAGAUUUUCACAGCUGGAGGUGGAAAAAUUGGGCAGAGAUAGCUUCUUCUUCCUUAAAAAGUCAUUUCCAUUUGAUGAAAGAAGCUUUGGUCAGUUGCCGGACAAAGUCCCCAACAAGAAGCCAAUGGUGGUCUCACGGCCCUUUUCAUAUGUUUUUAACCUGCACAGGCCUUCUGAGAUUCAAUUUGGUGAUUAUGCAGCUGUUCUUCGCAAACACAUGGGCAAUAUGCAGGGAAUAGGUGUAGAUAAUUUGACUGCUGAUAUGGCUGUCUGCAGAAUCUGAUAAACCUUGUAUUUUACAACGAUAACAAAAAGGCAACUUAAACAGCAGCAGCAAUAAUAAAAUUGCUGGGUUUGGAGCUUAGAAGCAGGCCUUUUGUUUUUUUCUUUUUAAAGGUUUUGAUGCAUUACAAGUGAUGGAUUAUGGAAUGCCACAUAUCUUUUUUAAAUUUGUAUUCCAAGUA